UCGGCCCCUUCCCCUCGCCACCAUCGAUUUCCAAAUAUACCCUCUGCCCCAGUGCUAUGAUCUUUACACUCGAAAUUCAAAACCUGAUGUAAUUGGAAUACCCAAUUGCGCCCCCCAUGGCCAAAUCAAAACCAUGCCAUAAUCAAUCCCCAGUUAAUGUCCACCACCCUCGAAACAAUUGAAGAUUAAAUUGCACUAGAGAAGGAGAAGUCAAGAGAAAUGGUUGGAUAUAUAUAGUAUAACGGCUAAGUGUUGAGAAUUUUGAUGGCCAAUUUCACAAAAUCCGUUUGUGUUAGCCUGGUUGUCAAAGCCUGAGAGAAUUGGGUGUGCUCUCCCUAAGGUCUCAUCCAUACGGAUUUUGCCAAGGUUUUUGAUGGGCCCCACAAGUGGACGGGGUGAUUCGUCAUGAGAUUAGUGGAUGUGUACAUAAGCUGAUGGGGGGUGAUUGGUCAUGAGAUUAGUGGAUGUGUGCGUAAACUGGUGGAGACACCAAUGUUAGCAAAAUUGGAACGAAAGUAGAAAUCUUUUGGGCGGAAUAUACUUUCUCAUCUUGGGGAUGUUGAAUGAAUGUCUUUGUGAGAAACUUCGGGGAGGUUUGGCUGUCAACAUAGUGGAGUCAUAUCCUGAUCUUGCUUGCAAACAAGAUGAAAAGGGUAUGACCCCUUUGAAUUUCUUGAUCACAAAAGCAUCUUCUUUCAGAAGCAGGUCAUCAUAUGUGUUUUACGAUCUAAGCAGGACAGCCUUCAUCCCCUGGCAGAUAGUUGAAGCUAUAAUAUACUCCUUUAUUCCACCAAUGUAUGUCGAGGCGACUUCAGAGUCACAAGCAGCCAACAAUGAAGAGGCUCCAAGAGAUAAUAGAGUUGGUAUCUCCAAAUUAGAAAGGUCUUUCUUCGCCAAAAAAAUCCUCGGUUGUUGGUUGUUCAAAAACAUUGACGAUGCAAAACAAAAACAUGCACUCACCUUACUGCUGGCAAAUAGAUUGAUUGAAAAAGAAGAUUGGAGUCGUUACAUUAACUUUCCAAGCACAGAUUCUGGAGCCAGUUCAAUUAGAACAUUAUCAUCACCGAGAGCGCCUGACCCACUAAUUCAAGCAACAAAGCUUGGCAUUCUUGAGUUGGUAAUGGCAAUACUCAAAAAGUACCCCGAGGCUGCAGAUUCCUUUGAUGAUAAUGGAAGGAAUAUAUUACAUAUAUCGGUGGAGCUAAAGCAUAGAUUUCUUUAUGACUACUUGAUGUGUUCCGUUGCAUAUAAGGAUAGGAUGUUGGCAGAUAUUGAUUUCCAAGGGAACACAGUCAUGCAUAUGGCAACAUGUUCAGAAAAAAGACCACCUCGAUCACCGGGAGUCACGGAUGAAUUGAUAGCAAAUGUUCAUGGCGGUCAAGGAAACACCAAUUUUCAUGUGGGGGGAAAGCGGGGAAGUGUUGGAGUAGUCAACCAGAUGAGUUGGGAUGUCCUUUGGUUUAAGCGUGUAAAACAUGAUUCUUAUCCGCACUUAUGGCACCUUCGUAACAUUGAUGGAAAGUCAGCAGAGGAGCUAUUCGAAGAAAAUCACUCAGCUCUACGAGAACAAGCCGAGAAUGCAGCUAAGCACGUGAGCAACAACUUGAUAGUUGUGGCCAUUCUCAUCGGCACAAUCAAUUUCGCAGCCCUUUUUACCCUGCCCGGAGGCUUCGAUCAAAACACGGGCAUACCCAUGCUUCUCAAAAGCAACAGGCAAGAAGUGCAGUUCUUUAUGGCGUACAUCGGGUUAGCUCUUUUCUUCGCUUUCCUCUCCCUAGCAACUCUGAUGUUAAUCCAGCUAUCGCGGUUUGACACCAACGAUUUCCACGUAGCGAUACCGGUCAAAACCGUUCUUUCUUGCAUCACGAUUAUCCUCUCCACGGGCUUCUCCGCCACCGCAUUUGGGCAAGGCUAUAUUCUUGAGGGUAAGUUAGGACCCUUCUUGGCCAUUUUUUUGAUAUUCUUCAUGUUCCUCGUUACUAUCGUGUUGGCCCUCAUAAUGAUGGACACAAAGGUGUUGAUAUUCGAUUACAUGUACUAUGCGAUUCGUGAUUGGCUUGUUUAUAAAAGCCCGGACAUGUAAGAAACUUGUUUGUGGAUUUAUAUUUUUAUGUGUGUAUAUGGAGGUUGACAUUGA